AUGAGCAAACAAGCAAAUAACAACUCCACACUUGAUCCGAAUCAACUUUCUCCGGUCAAUGAAUCUCUAACCACCUUGUUGGAGAAGGCUAACGUUUCUAAUCGGAAGAAGCUUGCUCCAAUUACUCAGCUCUCAUCUAUUGAGUGGAUGAUGAUUUUAAGUUAUGGAGUAUUUAAGGAUGAUUUGAGAGAAUGUUUAAAUUUAUUUCUGUCAAAUUCUUAUAUUUACAAAGUCACUCAUGAAUUUGAUUGGUUCUGGAAACAUUUGAUUUAUUUAUUAUUGGAAGAAUUUCAAUUUCAGUCUAAAAAUAAGAAGGAUUUGAGUAAUUUUGGAAGUUUCAUUAAGGAAAUUCAAGGCUGUAGUUUAUUAUACAAAAGAGGAACACAUUAUAAACAUACUAAACAUUUAAAGAAGGAUGAUAAUCCUAAAUUGGUAUUUUUACAGGCUUGGAAGAGAGUUGUUUCUUCAGGUGGGAGUAAUUUAUCUCCUUAUUUCGGCUCUGGAAGAUUGAAUUCAUACUUGUUGAAGAUAGAUGAAAAGUAUUUCAAUCUUUAUACAAACAAGAGAACAAGAAGUACUACAGAAACAGUGCACUUGUUUAGAGAUUUUGAAGGAGCAGUCAAAAGUUUGGAAUUUGCAAAAGAGCAAGUUGCAGAUAAUGCUAUUAGAUAUCAAGCAUAUAAUAUUGCACUCUGUAAUACUUUUAAAAACUGCUCCUAUUUCACACAAACUGCUUGCAACAGUUUAAUAAUAGAGUUGGAUAUGAUGUUUAGUUAUUUUUCUAAAACAGAUAUUUCAUUCAGGUCUAGAAUGACCCCGUUAAAGGCCUUAAUUGAGAAGAGGGAAACGUUCAUUCCUAUUAUCAAUGUUGCUUGUUAUUUUUACAAGUUGGCAGUUGCUAAACAUUUGAAAGAAGACAAUUUUCAAUCAAAUGUUAUGAAGGACAUUUCUGAAAUUCUGUCUUUGAUCCAAUCAAAUAGAAUGCACAAGAUUUCUAAUGAAGGUAGUUUUGUUGCAACAGUAUUCAAUUUCUUACUCGCCGAAACCAUUUGUGAAAAAAAGUAUCCACAUACUAAUAUUAUUGAUGGAUUUACCGAUGUCAUUGAGUUUAAAUUGGAUUCUUCAAAUAUAAGAGGUUUAUUUGGUUCUUUAUUUGAAUUGGGUGAAUCCAUAAAAUCUGCAGGAAAGAAAAUGUCUGUAAAAGUAGAAUUGGGGGAGUAUGGAUUGAUUUCAUUAAUAUCCAAUGUGGAUGAAAAGAAGCAACUUUUUGAAUCAAUUGUUAAUGGAGAUAUAAUCUAUCAAUUAACACGCUUGGAUGUGUCAAAGUUUUUUUCUCAACAUUACAAUAGAUUGGAAGAGUCAAAGAAAUUAUUAGAAUUGUGUAUCAAACAAAAUACUGGAAAUGAGCUCAUUAAUAGUAUAUUUGAUAAUAGAUUAGAUUAUGGAAAUCAAUCAAAAUUCAUUAAUUACUUAUUUGAUGGAAAUGAAUUUGAAAUUAUCAAAUCAGUUAGAUACUCAUUAAUCCAUGCCCUCUGCAAGCAAUUUUAUUUAUUCUUGAAAGAUUUAGAUAUACUACAUGAAAAGAAUCCAUCCGAAACUAUUGGUCAAUUCGAUGUUUUAUUAGACAACUUUAAGAAUUUAUUCACUUUAUUGCUCAAAAGAGGAUUCGUUCAAGAUUGCAGAGAUUCAACUCUUUUGAAUGAAAUUCUUAGUAAUAGACUUCAAGGAUUCUUUGUAGAUAAUCCAGACCAUGUAAACAUCAUUGUCGGUAGAAUCCAAUUUCUGGGUGUUAAAUUCAGUGCCCUUUCUCUGCUUGACAUUGAGAGAUUGGUGGAAAUGAAACAUUUCACACCACUUCACACUCUCUACUAUUCAUCUUUGGUUCUCACUUCAGAAAUAGCUAAUAUUACAUGGUCAAGUGCAUUCUCACAUGUUUAUUCUGAAUUGAGCGAUAAUGAUUCAAUCAAACUUCCAAAAAUUAUUGAAUUUUCACUGUUAGAAAACACAAAGGAAUUUACACUUUCUAAUUUUGUUCAAGAAUUAUUGGAUUUAGUUGUUUUAAUGUACAUUAAUCCUUCAAAUAUGAUAUCCCAGUAA